AUGAAAGAUCUUGGCAAGAUCUUGACAAGAAUUUCAGACAAUCUUGGCAAGAUUUUGGCAAGAUUGGCAAGUAUGGCAAGAUUGAAUAAUCUUAGCAAGAUAUUGGUAAUAUUUUGGCAAGAUCUUGCCAAGAUUAGUGUCUUGCCAAGACCUUGCCAUGAUCUUCCAAGAUCAUGCAAGAUCUUACAAAAUCUUGCCAAGAUCUUCAACCUGGGGUAUUAUGUGUGAUUAGUGGUGGUUUUAGUUUGAUCAAAGCAAUGACUUCAGUUUGCAGUUAUUUCCAGUUUGGAAACAAUGAGUCUGUAACAACUCACAUUUGAUGUGCAGUUUUGGCACGAAACGCAAAUGAAAAUGCUGCUUCUUGGCUUGUAAUUUUUACAUUGCUCGCCCUCGCCCGAUUUUGUUCGUUGCUCAACCAAACUUUGUGGAAUUAAUAGAGACAGACUAGUAGUCAGUGGAGGUAAACUUGGAGCAAGUCUACUUGUUCAAUACUGUUAGGAAUAUUUGUGCUGAGGAAAAUAGGAUAAUUCAGCAAUUUAAUAAGAAUUUCAAAGCAUAUACCGGUACUGCAACUAAUUGGAGCAGCACUUCCUCACCAUCAUCAUUUAAGAAAAUUUCGGAGAAAAAUUGUUGCAACAUGUAACACAUAACAUUGUUUUAAUGUUUUCUCUACAGAUUGUUUGAGUUAAAACAAAGAAUUGAACUUGGAUGCCUAACCCAACAAGAAGGUAUUUAAUUGUAAAAUUGGAUGUUCAAAUUGAUGAAUUCAAACUUUUUUGGGAAAGCAUUCAUCCAAACUCUGCUAGCAUAUUUUGGCUAGCAUAUAUUCUUUAAUUUAGAAUACUUUAAAAUAUACAUACAAAUUCAUGGUCAUCUCAAACACCAACUUUUACAAUUUUAAUUAAAUUAAGUACAUUACAAGUACAGUAACAGCAAAUUUAAGGAUCAGCAGAUUUAAUUGACAACAGCUGGGGUGUGAUAGGCAUAUAUGUACAACUACCUGAAACUAUAAAUUUAAAUAUGCUUCGUCGUGAAGUUCAUAGCCAAGGGACUUGCUCAAAACGUCGAAGUUCUGUUUAAUAUAUUUUUCAGGUAGUUGUAUCUCUCUCACAUGCUUAUAUUUGUUGAAGGGCACCCCCAUUUAGUCGGUAAAAUCAGGAUGCUUCACCUUACACACUUAAAAGAUCCAAGCUAUGGCACUGAGUAAAAUAAUAAUUAAAGUAGGGCACACAGGGGCGGCGCUAACCUGAGUAUCGGGCUCUAUUUUACAAAUAAUAGCCCGUAUUAGCCUGACACAAACCUUAAUCCGAUCGCUUUCCACCCACAGCAAAGUUUAUAUUUAGUAUCCAAUCAAGAUGUCGCAGGAGAAAUUUAAAUAUCACACAAUGACAACAACAAUCUAAUUAUAGUUGUGAUCACUAUAAAAUACUGUAUAUCAACAACAAUAGUAUAAUCAAUUAGCACCAACCAAUCAAAUGACAGAUUAAAAAAUCUUUUGUCUUAUAGACCAAUCAGAUUUACAACCGAAAUAUGGUUGUACAGCAUGGACUUUUGUUAAGGUGGCUCGAUAUAGUUAUCACAAAAACCCUGUUCAAGAAUCGCGAACUCAAAACCGGUUGACCAUUUUUACGCGCAGGUCGCGGAAACUGAUUAACAAAAUGAAAGAACUUCCAAAAUGACCUGACGUGAGCAGUUGCUCGCGCCAUCUCACGCCAUUGCGCGUGUUCUAUAGCGUUUUAUGUCAAUUGCUGACGUCAUUAGAAUUUUCCAUUUUAGAAAAACAAUGCGCUAUAUCUCUUUAUUUUGUCUGGUGACCUAUGUUCAAAUUUUGCAUGCUGUAUUGCACCGCUAAAAAUUUUCAUUAUACAAAAAAUAAAAAAAUUCUGUAAUGCCAAAAAAAUGUUACCAAAGAAUAUGACAUUUUCGCAUUUUCCAAAAAAAUGGCAUUACAGAAAUUUUUUAUAUUUUGCUAAUUGUUAGCUUUUCGUCCAAGUAAAAUAAUGCACGAAAAAAAAUUGGGGGUCACCAUGCUUUUUUUCCAACUAUACGAGACGAUAGGCCAUUUUGGAGUCAAUUUCGUACACGUAUGUCGUCAUAGCAACGAACUAUCUGUUACUAAAACGAAUAUAAUUUGAAAGUAGAGUUAUCAAAAUAUAUAAAAAACCCAAUAUCUGCUGAAUAAAUCCUAAAAAUGCGUAGUUUGAACAUGUCAAAGUGUUAAACACCUGAAUUUUUGAAAACUGUAUCGAGCCACCUUAAGGUUUGUAUCAGGCGUAUUUAUUUAUUUAUUUAUAGGCCUGAUCGCAGGUUAGGGCGGCGCUAAAGGGUGAGUGUGGGGGGCGGGGAGGGUGGUAACCCCCAGUCAUCAGGUAGUCAGCAAAACAGUGAAUCCCAGUUGGAAUAUUGUUUUCGUAGUCAGCAAAACAUGAAUUUGAUACGGGAAAAUAUGAAUUUGAUAUGGGAGUGAAACAGAUUAAACAUAAUAAUUAUACCUAAAAUUUGGAGAAAUUUAUGAAAAUAUGAAGGAUAAAAGGAAACAUUAAAGGAAGAAAUGGGAAAAGAAAUAUUAAUUACCGUUUGAAAUGAGUCGGUAAAUUUUCACUCAAUGACCCCUGAGGGCCAUUAUGCAAUUUAAUGGGUUACCUAGAAAAUGGUCAGAUAGUCGGGUUAACACAUUGAGCACCAGUGCUCUCCCCUUGACAAGUAAAAUAGCCUGGCGUUAGAAUAAAAUAAUAAAGUAGUGCAUAAUGCAACCUAAUCAUUGAACUUUAAAACAUCAUUUAGUGUACCUCAUCACCAAUGAAAUUAAUAUACAGUAGGACUCUGUGGUACCCGGUACCAGUUCUAAAAUUUAAAGUGAUACCUCUUAUCUCACAACACUAACAGCCCAUUUACACUUGCAAUUUUUGCUGCGAUUUUAGGUGUGAUUUUCUUCUUGUGAUGGAUGUGAACGAGUGGAUGAUUUAUGAAUGUUCAGAUGAAGGUUCAUAUAACUCUACUCGUUCACAUCCAUCAGAAGAAGAAAAUCGCACUAGAAAUCGCAAGCAAAAAUUGUAAACGGGCCUUUAAGGCAAUUUUCCAUUGCAGUCGCUUUGCCCGCGUGGGCGGAGCGAACAUUACUCAACUUUCUCUGUAGUUGUCUAUCCUGUGCAUUUUUUGUCCAUUUGAAUGCUCACAGACAUGCCAUGAAAGUAGAACUACUUUCUUGACGUGCCCGCGCGACUGAUUUUUCACGUGAUUAAAAUUGGUCGCUUCACGCGCGCGGGCAAAGCGACCGCAAUGGAAAAUGGCCUUUAAGGCUCUGCAGCGGAGAGAGCGCUUGAUGUGUGAAAUCUGUACGAUAAUUACUCUGCUCCUUGCCAACAGGAACGAUCACUUGUUUGUCUUUCUGCAAUAACUCGCACAUGUUGAGUGGUAGUGAAGAUGGGACAAUCUGUGUCUGGGAAUGUAAAUCAUGGGAUUGUUUAAAAGUUCUGAAAGGACAUCGGUAGGUUAUUUUCACAGUGUUAAUAUUUUAUUUAGCUAUUUUUCAUGACAUUACAUUUCGAUACUCGUGUAGCUACUGAUGUAGCUAUAUUCUGUACAUGUGUAUUACUGUCGUUCCAAUUGAAGUGUUGCUCAAAUAUUGAUUCAAUACAUUACCUCGGGCUGACCAAUUCAUUUGAUCAAGUUCCUCGAGAUAUUCAUACACUUCCUCUGAAAGAGCCAAUUCCAAGUAUUUGAUCAUUUCUGGUCACUUCCUUUCUAUUUAUGAUUGGUUAGUUGCACAAACAACAAAGGUGAUUGGUGCAUUCAAACUGUUCAACAAGAGGUUUACAAUUAUACUAGGAAGUGUAUGAAUAUCUCGAGGACAUGAAUGAGAUGAAUUGGUCAGCCCGUGGUAAUGCAUUGAAUCAAUAUUUGAGCAACACUUCAAUUGGAACGACAGUAAUUAAAUUGAAAGGAUUCAUCCAGAGAUUCAUCAUAUUUUCCUGGAGGUUUUAACAUGCAUAUCUGUUUUAAUGUUAUUGUAACAGAGAGGCAGUGACAUCUAUAUCAGUUCAUCCAACGGGACGUCUGGCUCUGUCAGUUUCAACAGAUAAAUCGUUAAGGUAAUAAUAUUCAUGGCCAGAAAUCACGGACGUGAUUUAGGCUGCAGAGCCUCGUGUUCGUGUAUGUGACAAUAGGGACUUUAAGAUUGACAUUUAUGGCAAACCGCUGACCACAAACUUCAAAUCGCAUUUGAGAGUAAGGCCUACAGUUUCGACAGCUAAAAGUAGCUAAUUCACACUCCAAUUUUAAUGCACAAGCUGCCCUAACUUCGAACAGCUAACAGUCGUGUAUUGGUGUACGGAAGAGCGCAGAAUUUGUACACAAGUACAGUAGGUCAGUGGGGAUGCGCUGAUCAUCCUUACUUGCAGCUGAGAGCUGGGCUGAAUUGCAAAGAACGCAGCUCAACCUGAUCGAGUCGAAAAGGGCACCUCUGGCAGCCACCGUACAACUCGUGUCUGAUCACGGAUGAUAGCCAUGAUGGAAGGGCCAAUCAGUUAGGAGCUAAACCAUAGAAAUAUUAGACCUAGAACUAGAAUGCGUGCUUGGUCACGUGACCGGUGUCCAAAUUGAAAACAAAAAUUAAAUGCCAUUAUAAUUGUUUUCAUGUUUUUGAAACAAAAAUAUUUAGUUGUCGAUAAACUGUAAAUCGCCUAAAUAAUCGUUGAAAACUAUGGUUUCAAAAGCGUUGCCUGAAGCUGAAGCAACGUAAAAAUAUAUAAAAAAAGUAGUUUGAAAGUUUAAAAAGAUUACUAAACUCCAUUUAUAUUAUAAAACAUACGAAAUAUUUUUAGAACAUAUACCUUUAGUUAGUAUUGAGUUUGAGUUUGUCUUGAUCUUUCGUGUUUUGUUUUCGCUUGCACAACAACGUUGAAAAUGUAUUUUUAAACGACGAUUUCUGUAUAUAUACUCUGUUCAGAACUGUUGCUUUUCGUAAAAAAACCCCACUGGAAUGGGUUUUUCUCCUUUAAAAAACUUUUUUCCACUAGCCAAGUCUCGAUAUAAUUGUUUUUGCAAUUGCAAACUUUGUUGAAAAAAAAGAAUUCGCGCACUCCCUGCAACCGCGCGAAAUUCCUUGCCGCAGGAGUCUGGGACUAGUCAAAAUGCCUUUAUAAAUCCGCCAUUUUGUGGAGGCAAAAUUUUUACUGAGAAAAGAUAGGAGCACGCAUUCUAUGUCUAUUAUUUAUAUGAGCUAAACCCAACCCACCCUAUCAACAUGCCCUGUGGGAGAAAACCGGAGUACCCAGAGAAAACGCGCAACUUUCGGUAGAGCUUUGAUUGAUUCUUUUCGCAUGAAUGUCUUGAGUCCGGAACGGGAAUCGAAAAAAUAAACGAACUCUUCUUGUUGAUUGACAAUAUGUGGUUUAUGAUCAAUUCCCAUUUAGAACGUGGAACUUGCUAACUGGAAGAUCAGCGUAUGUAACAAACAUAAAACAAGGUUAGUUGAACUAUGGUUGAACUACCUGACUGUGGAUAACAAAAUGAUAGAAGACGACUAAAGGCCCAUUUCCACUCAUGAAAAUAUUCCGCAGAAAGAAAAUUUUGUAAAAUGUGAUUGGCCGACACAAAUGUCGGGCGUCCGUCGGAAAAAAGUUUUGGAGUUGAAAAUUUUCAACUUUUUUCAACUUUUAACAAUUAUAUUUUCAGAAAAUUUUCUGUCCGUGGAAAUUUUUCUUGAGUGGAAAUGGGCCUUAAUAGAUUCGGAUAAUGGAAUUUUAAAUUGAGAAACAUAUAUGUUAUUCAAUAGUACCACUCCUAAACAAUAUAAUCUUUACUGGAUGAUAAAAUCAAGCUAUUUGACACAAUUCUAUUUCUACUGGUUAAAUAAAUUUGUAGGUGUGUCGGAUGAUGGUAGUAUAUUGGAUACUAUAAUGGUUGAAUUUCACUAUUUUCCCCCCAUAACAUGUCUAUAUUUUAUAACUUUUAUUUCCUGUUUGGAAUGCCCCAAUCUAUAGAGAGAUAUUGGCAUAUAACGUCCAAUAACGCGAGGGCCAGUCAUCUCCGCAUGCGUAUAAAUCCUACUUCGACCUUAGCAAGAUGCAUGGGUGCGUCAUACGCGGAUAGUUAUGUGCGCAUGCGCUUAUACGGCGAUUUCGACACAAAAAAGUAAAACAACUAUAUCCGCUUACAGGCGCAUGCAUGCAUGCGAUAUAUGCGGGAUAAUAGGGUAUAUACCCUUUUAUUAGAUUUCCGCAGAUAUAUAAUGUCUUCUAUUUACGAAAAGUGUUACUGAACAGUCUGAGCUAUGGAGGUGCGUUCAGGUGACCUCCACUUGGCCUGUAAAACACGUACCAUAUUUAUAUUGUUUUUUUGCUAAUGUAACGUUUUGUAGUGGCAAAUAUUGUGCUUUGGUCACCCUCAGGAGAAACGUAUGCUGUUGCAACGAGGACACAAGUCAUUGUCUAUAAAGUUUCUGUAAGUAUGGGGGUUUUACAGUAAACAUGGUCUCUUUAACAAUUAACAUUGUGAUUUAUUUAUGCGAACUGUGAAGGUUAUAUUGUUUAUAUCUAGCUAACUCACUGCCUCUGGCUAACUGACUUCAUCUAUACUCGAUUUGCCCUGUUUAUUUCUGUAUGUAUAUAUUGUUGUUUUUCAGACUGCAGCAUUGGUGUAUACAAUAGAGUGUACAAAAACUGUCUUGGCUAUGACAUUUAUAGAUGUGAGUAUAUAAACAUUACUGCAUGUAUAAGACAAUAUUCAGAAUGACAUUUAUGAACGAUAGGUUCAUGAAGCGGGACGUCCUGGGUUCAAAUGCCUCAGCCUGCUGGACUAACACGUAUAUAAGGUCUUGACAUAUUAUUGAUAUCACUGAUAUCACGGCGUUUACGUAUAGAAGACAGCAACGUGAGGACGACGGCCAAACAAUUCAAAAUCUUUGAAAUAUAUGACUGUGUGGAAACUUUGUUCUGUGUUUACCAUCGUAUGAAUUUAAUACAGUUUCAGAAGGUUAGCAGGGCUUUACCAGGGCGGAAGAAUUUUAAUCAACUCUGUUGUGUGACUUGUGUCACAACUUGAAAUACUAGCUUUGUAUAAGAGACGUGAAAAUAUGUAUUUUUGCCGUUGUCAGCAGAGCCUGGACGACGUCGGAAACUCCCGUAAGACUUCUAAUUAUUCAUGUGAUGAAUUUUUCAUUUUGGGACAAGACUAUAUCCUGCGCCCAGUUCAUGUAGUAACGUCACACUGAAGAUUCGGGUUAUGGUAGGGUAGAGUUAGGUUCAGAAGCUCGGUGUGACGUCACUGCACCAACUGAAAGCAGAAUAAGCUCUCCCUUUCGUUGUGUUGAUAGCCAUUGUCCUUGCGUUGGCGUCCUCCAAGCGUUGGCGGACUAACAAGUAAUGUAAUUGUAUGAUAGUCCUAUUUUCAGGUCCUCCCAAAUAACGACUUUAAUCGAUGCCCUUGCUGAGGCCUAUAAAGGCCUAUAUCAACUGGUUGGUAAAAGUCUGUUAAGGCGUUACAAGCCAGUUAAGGCUUUGUCGGGAACUGGGACACGUUAACAUUAACAUUAUAUAGAUAUUUAGCCAGAACAUUUAGUUAGGUCAAAACAACGACCAUAUAGGGAAGUUAUGCCCAUAUAUGGGAUCGGAUAUUUUUUAGUGAAGUAUAUAUAUAAACAGAGAGAGAGAGAGAGCGAACCUUGCGUAUACGAACAUUCUAGUGAUUUGUGAUAGUAAUAAAGUGUGAAAAGCAAUAUUUGUGCGUGGUUCAUCCCUGGGAGGCGGGAUAUUCACGUUACCUGGCACCUCCGACGAAAAUUUAGCGAAUUCUACGAUGACUGAAGCGGCUAAUCUCGAUGUGAAAUUGACCCAGUUAAAGCUCACCGUGACUAAAACUGGUAAAAUCUUGGACAAAAAUAACAAAGAAGCUAUCGAACGUCAUCUUACGGCCCUCAAAGCGAUAUCAAGCGAAAUUGAACAACACAAAUGCGCUGUUGAAGCGGUUAAAAUCGGAGAAAAGGUCGAACUCGAAGAGAUUGCGAAAUGGAGUUCUACGGUCGACGAAGAGCUCGAGUCUGCCGACGUCGAUGUCGCUCGGAUUACACAAUGGUUGGGAGAAAAAACGCGAGAAAAAGAAGCCGCCGAAAAGGAAGAAAGGUAUCAAUUUGAAGUAAAAUUACAGCAGAUGAAAAUAGAUUCACAAUCUGUACAAGCGCAAAGAUAUGACAAGAAUGCGGAGAAUGCGAAUUCUGAGACAGGUACUAUUCAGGCAAAACUCCCUAAAAUUGAAAUUGAAAAAUUUAAUGGUUCUCCGCUGGAUUGGCCACGCUUUUGGAAUCAGUUUUCAGAAACUGUAGACAAGCGUUCUAUUGCGCCGGUGAACAAAUUGGCUUAUUUGUCUGGAUACCUUGGCCCUAAAGUGAAACCAACAAUCGAAGGGUUGCCAUUUACCCCAGAGGGCUAUAAUAGAGCCAAAUCAAUCCUUGCUGAUCGAUAUGGCAAGGAUUCAGAGGUCGUGAAAGCGCAUGUAAAGGUGAUUAUGGACUUACCGACCAUAACUAGCUCUAAUCCAAAGAAAAUACAUGAUUUCAGUGAUAGAUUAACUCACGCCGUUCAUGCCCAUGAAACCUUGAAAAAUUUAGAAACUGUCAACGGAUAUGUCCCAAUGACCUUGGACAAACUCUCGGGUAUCCGUGGUGACUUGGUUCGUACCGAUCCAGACUGGGAAUCCUGGGACUUCGCAAAAUUAUCAGAGGCUGUACGGUUAUGGACACGACGAAAUCCGUGUAGUGAGUAUAAAGAGGAUGAUCUGCAACUGGGAAGAAGAGAUGUGAAAUCGAGGAAACUCAUGCAUUCCAAGGGAUUUACUGGGAAGCAACGAGGAUGUGUUUAUUGUGACGGUACCCACAAGGCAAAUGAAUGUGACAAAGUGACAGAUGUCUCUACUCGGAAGCAAAUUCUUGCGGAAAAGAAAUUGUGUUUCAACUGCGCAACAGGCAACCAUCGAGCAGCACUUUGCUCUAGCAAAGGAACUUGUCAGAAAUGCCAAAGGAAACACCACACAUCCAUCUGCGACACGCCAAACGAAGACCAAACCUUGCUAACAAUGGGAAAAACCAACAAAGAAGGGAUUUUUCCAGUGGUGCUUGUAAAGGUCAACGGGAUAAAGUGUCGAGCGCUUAUCGACUCUUGAAAUUGAAACCUGUACAAACCAAGACAAGAAGAAUUGAUAUGUUGAUGACUUCUCGAACUGCGAGACUAGAGAUUUACAAUGCGAAUGUUCAAGCACUCGACUCUGAUUAUGAACUGGAUGUGAACUUGACAAGAGUCAACAAAAGUGAAUUAUUGUUUAUUGAUAACCCUCGCUACGAAGCCUUGUGAGAAGAUUCCAACACCUGAAAGAAGCGAAGCUGAACGAUAACGACACCAAAGCAUCACUUCCCAUCCACAUAGUACUUGGCAAUGGAGAAUAUGCACGUAUUAAAACAAAGGAUAGACCACUAGUCGGAAACGAGGGAGAUCCCAUAGCGGAAUGCACAAAGUUGGGAUGGUUUGUUAUGAGUCCUGGAGCAGAGUUCGAUGUUUCGCCCAUGAUGCUAACCCAAACCUCCCAAUCAGAUUACGAGCAACUCUGUCGGUUGGAUGUACUCGGACUGUACGAUACUGCAGAGCAUGACCAGGGAGAGGUCUACCAAGAGGUUCGAGAGCAGCUGCAACGAUCACCAGACGGUUGGUAUGAGACCGGCCUGCCUUGGAAGGGGAACCAUCCACCUCUGCCUACAAACGUGAGAGGAAGCCUACAACGACUGACAACACUUCAGAAACGACUGACAAAAAAGGGACUUUCUGCUCAAUAUGAUGCUGUUAUCGAAGAUCAAAAGGCCCAAGGAAUAGUCGAAGAAGCUCCAUCGGAACCGCAGGGUAAAGAGUUUUACAUACCGCACAAGGAAGUCGUGAGAGAGACAGCAGCCUCCACAAAGCUACGUGUGGUCUACGAUGCAUCAGCCAGAGAAACACCAAACAGUCCUUCGUUGAACGACUGCCUCUAUCCGGGGCCGUCUUUACAGAACCGGCUCUGGGAGGUUCUUGUGCGACAGAGAGCUUUCCCAGUGGCCUUGGCAGGAGACAUCAAGCAGGCUUUCCUCCAAAUCCGCAUCAGAACUAGUGAAAGAGAUGCCCUUCGGUUCCAUUGGAAAAGAGAAACUGAAGAAGUUCCAAACUCUUCGCUUCACCAGGGCGCUUUUUGGGCUAGCAUCGUCCCCAUUCCUUCUUGGGGGAGUCCUGGCAGCUCAUCUUGAUAAAUGGGAAGAGAGGAGACCUAAAGAAGUGGAAGAGAUCAGACGGAGUUUGUAUGUCGAUGACCUGCUGAGUGGAGGUGAAACAGUGGAGCAAGCGAGUCAACGGAAGGAAGCAGCCACCGCCAUCCUCGAAGAUGCGACAUUCAAACUGCACAAGUGGGCAUCAAAUGAAAACGCUCUUGAAGAUAAAUCGGACUCGAACAUUGAUCACAAGGAGCAAACUGCAGCGAAGAUGAACUUAGGUGUAGCACCUCAUGAGUCCAAGAUUUUCGGGUUGCCUUGGAACAAACGGGAUGACACUCUAAGUGUUCAGAUGGCCAACAACACAAGUAUGGAACCUACGAAGCGGGAAACGCUGAGACAGCUGGCGAAGAUUUACGAUCCUUUAGGAAUAGCGUCGCCAAUAACACUACAGGGGAAGAUCAUAUAUCGGGAUAUGUGUGACGCGAAGCUUCCCUGGGAUUUUGAGCUCAACGGGACACUCAGAAACCGGUGGUCUUCGUGGGAACAGGCACUUCCUGCAGUGGUGACAGUUCCAAGACCAAUAGCUCCGUAUCGAGAACCCAUUACGGACAUCCAUCUUUACGGUUUCGGUGAUGCGAGCAAGCAGGGAGUCUGUGCCUCAGUAUAUGCACUGACCAAACAAGAUUCUGGCAACACCCAGAUGUUGGUGGCAGCAAAGUCACGCCUAGCCAAGAGGGGUCUCACCAUACCACGUUUGGAAUUGGUAGCUGGCCAUAUGGCAGCCAAUCUCAUCACCAACGUUACCAAGGCAAUUGGUAAAGAGAAAGUUACGCAACAGCAUUGUUGGCUUGACAGUACAGUCGCCCUCUACUGGAUAGAGGAUACCGGAGAGUACCGCCAAUUUGUUGCCAAUCGUGUGGCAAAAAUACAAGCUCAUUCCGAUAUUAAGUGGCACCACGUUCCUACAGAAGAGGACCCCGCCGAUCUCGGCAGCAGAGGAGGACAGCUGACAGAAUUGUGGUUACAUGGACCAGCGUGGCUCGGAGACGAAGCAAAGUGGCCAGCAGAGAUAAUUGUUCGGACAUCUCCAGAAUCGCAAACCGAAGCCAAAGUAACACGAGAAGUGCUCGCAGUUGCAGUUGCAGAACCUGAACAAGAUUGUCACACACGUUCACACACAGCUUACAGAAAACCUUGAGAAUUGGCGCCUGGGUGAAGAGAUUCGUUCAUAAUAUCAGGAGCUAGCCCGCAGAAAGAAAACAAGGCCCACUUCGAUAUGAAGAGUGCCUCAAAGAAGAGAUGUGGUGGGUGGAAAAGGUUCAAAAGUCGGUGACAGCAGCAGAACGCGAAAGAAACGCAGAUCUCAACCUUCAAGAGAACAAGAACGGGCUGUUAGAAUGCCGUGGCCGCAUUGUUGGACAUUACCCUCUGUACCUUCCUAACAUUGAACUGUUUUCGAACAAGUUAGUUUAGCGCGAACAUAUUGCAACUUUGCAUGGGGGAACAUCCCUUACGAUGACCAAAGUACGACAGCGUUACUGGAUCCACAGAUUGCGUAGCCUGGUGAAACGGGUCCGAAGGGACUGUUGGGGAUGUAGGCGAAACCUUGCCAAACCGUAUGCAGAUCCACCUCCUAGUGCGCUUGUAGGGGUUGAUUUUGCGGGUCCUAUUCGCUAUCGGUCCAGCAAGAAGCAAGAAGGAAAAGCGUACUUAGCACUUUUCGCAUGCAGUCUGACGAGAGGAGUGCACCUGGAGCUUGUCAAAAGUCUUGAAACAGAAGAGUUUCUGAAGAGCUUCAAACGAUUUGUAGCUCGUCGAGGGAGACCAACGCUAGUGUACUCCGACAAUGGUGCAACAUUCAAAGCCGCAGCAACAUGGCUUAAAAAAAUUCCGCGAAGACGAGAAAUUCCACACCACCCUUUGCAAUCAAGAGAUAUGCUGGCGCUUCAACCUUGCGAAAGCACCUUGGUGGGGUGGUCAGUUUGAGCGGCUCAUUGGCAUCUUCAAGGCCGCUUUUCGCUGUGGGAGGUGGAAUGCUGACUUUUUCAGAAUUGGAAGAAGUCGUGCUAGACGUGGAGACGUGCAUGAAUAACCGACCCUUGUCAUAUUUGGAAGACGACCCUCAAUUGCCUGUGUUGACGCCAAACACGUUCCUGUUUCAAAGACCCCAAGUACUGCCGGAGCUCCAACCUCAUCAUGCAGAAGAGCGCGACUUGAAGAAACGACUCAAGUUCCUACGAGCAACGAAAGACAGUCUCUGGAAUCGUUGGACUCGAGAGUACCUGAUUGGUCUACGAGAGAGACACAAAGCGCUUCGAAAGACGAAUACCACCAAUCCCGCAGAAGGAGAAAUAGUAAUCGUAAAAGGAGACGACAAGAAUCGGAACACCUGGAAACUCGGGAAGGUUGUACACCUUAUAAUCGGUAAAGAUGGAAUCGUACGAGGAGUCAAGCUUCAAACAGCAAAAGGAGAUUUGGAGGACCUAUUCAGAUCUAUCCUCUCGAACUCCAGUGUGACAAUAGUGACGAACAGCAACCAACUGAACCGCUGAGCCCACAAGCAGCAGAGUUUAAGCCGAAGAGAAGAGCUACUCAGGAUGCGCAAGCCAAGAUUCAAGCGAUUGCUGAAUACGAGGAAGAACGGUAGAGACAUUACAGGAAGAGAAACAUUGAUGAACUUGAUUUUCGUUAUUAAUUAGUUUUGUUCGAACAGUGAAACAAUCGGUUCCCUUAUGUAACAUGCAGCACCUGGGGGGUGUCGCAUGGGGGGAGUGUGUCGGGAACUGGGACACGUUAACAUUAACAUUAUAUAGAUAUUUAGCCAGAACAUUUAGUUAGGUCAAAACAACGACCAUAUAGGGAAGUUAUGCCCAUAUAUGGGAUCGGAUAUUUUUUAGUGAAGUAUAUGUAUAAACAGAGAGAGAGAGAGAACCUUGCGUAUACGAACAUUCUAGUGAUUUGUGAUAGUAAUAAAGUGUGAAAAGCAAUAUUUGUGCGUGGUUCAUCCCUGGGAGGCGGGAUAUUCACGUUAGCUUUCAAUCGCCCUGAGAGCGGUGCAUAUUAUUAGAUGUUCGUAAGUUAAUUUCAGACAAACGGUGCAUUUGGUGCAGGCUAGAAUACUGCAUGUACAAGAGAAAAACAAGCUUUUUUAAUAAACUGGCUUGCUUUAAAAAAUGCACAUUAAAUGGCAUACGUCAGUAUUCUGUUAAACAAAUGUUUGAAUAAUAGCCAACAGAUAGUUCAUUAUUCUUAUGAAACUGAAUCUUUAAAGUUGAAAGUAUUUGAAACAGAUAAUAUGUCAAGUUUAAUUUUGAAACCAUCUUUGCUAUAUGUUAGUUUAAUACAUGUAAAUUCAUAAUAUUUUAAUAUAUAUCAGGAUAACGUUCUAGCUACUGGUGGAGAGAUGCAGGAUAUUGAAAUUCAUGAUAUUCAAUCAGAAAGAAAUGUUCAAUCUAUAACAGGUCAUGAAACUAGGUAAGUGUAUGACUGUAAAUACCUUCAUCGCAUAUACAGUUCGAGUGGAUUGACUUAUCUGAAUAAAUUGUUCAUUAGCUUUUAUAUCUGCAUGCUUACUCUGUAUUGUAUUGUAUUGUAUAGAAUCAAAGGUUUAGCAAGUGUUAAACAUCACGAUGAUACGUCUGAUGUCACAGGAGUACUUUUAUUUUCUGUAUCUUCGGAUGGUGUGUUGAAGGCUUGGCGCUUUCAAAAUGGAAAAGUAGGUUGCUUUUGAAAACUUUGCGUAAUGUGCUGCAUAUAUACUGGGUGUCCAAAAUAAAACUGGACACUGCCGUUUGAUUUCAUGUAACGUAAAAGCUAUAACAGCUAUCGCAAUGAAAUAAGGAUACAUACAUAAACUUUAUUUACACUCGAAUUUGUGAGUAGCUUACAUACAGCAUAGCUUACAUUGCAUUCAGAAAGGGCUAACUUAGGUUUUGAUAUAUAGCACUUGAAUUUACAUGCAAUAUUGACUGCGCUAUUGAUGUUUGAACGUUGAACUACUGUUUUUGAAAAUGCCAAAAAUUAGCAUAAAACAGCUUUAUAAUUAGCAAUGUAGUUAUACUUGUUAAAUCUAAGUUAGUCCUUUCUGAAUGCAAUGAUCAUUGCGGUAGCUUUUAUAGCUUUUACGUUACAUGAAAUCAAACAGUGUCCAGUUUUUUUGGGACACCCAGUACUAUCUUGAACUGCCUGUGCCAGUGCAGGUAGUGCCAAACCUAAUUUCGAAACGUCGAAAAUUCUUCUUAUAUUUUUCAGGUAGUUGCAUCCCUAUACCUACGUUGUCGUAGGUGAAUUUUAUGCUUGAUUUACACAGCACAACUCAAGUUGUAAAAGGUUGCAUGCGACAGUUUUAAGCAAAGGUUGUGUAGAUCGGCCUUAACACCAUAAGAAAAGAUCCCCAAUUGGAAUAUUUAAGCUGACACUGGCAUGCCGAGUCCUUUGUAUUCAUUUUCAUUUUUGACAUGGACUUCCAGUUACAUUGGAAACAAAAGAUUAGCAAGACCUGUAAUUUGCCAUGCCCAUGUUUUUAUUAUCCCCAUUCUUUUGAACAAGCACAAUGUUAGUUGACCAAUACACCCUUUCGAUCAUGACGUCACGCAUGCUUCCUUAGCCUGGGAGCCUCGCUGUCAUGAAUCAAGAUGAAAGGUAAUUCGCUCACUGAUGAGAAUGAGCUGCCAAGCCAAAAAGAGGUCUGUUAGUUACGUAAUUGUGGAAAUGGUGUAUUCGAAGCGAAAGAUUAGUUAACUGUGCAAUUUUUACUGCACAUAUUUAAGUAUUCUCCCAGGAAUAACAUAUGGACCACAAACUUUACAGUAAUUGAUAGCUUUUUAAUUGAAAUGCGUUUAUAUUGGCUUCAGGAAAACACUCGCUAAAUAUAGAGAUGCUGUUUUCCAUUGAAGCCUUCUCGUUGCCAAAAUUAAUGAAAUAGGAAUUCUUGUCCCCUUUGUCAUAGCUGUAUAAAACGCGACAAAAUUUGCUGUGGAUUGUCUUUUAAUUCGCCCUGAAGUUUAGAAAGGAAAGCACAGUAUUUGCGGUUUGUUGUUGCUUUAAUUUGGUUACAAGCAGUCCCUCGUAAUCGAAAGGUUCCAGGUUCGAUACCGGUCAUCGCCCACUUAGGGUAUGGGUAGCACAAUCCAGGUAAUAUGACCAGUGGCAGUGCGGAAGGUUCAUGUGCUGAUGUGAGGUGUGGCUCUCCCCCUCGGCAAUCCAUCUCCCCACGGCAAAACGAAAGGGGGAUGGAUCAUUCUUCGUCUUAUACCGACUAAAAGGCAACUCCGACCUAGUUACAGUCUUACAGUACCUAUACUUGUUGAUUUUUAGCUAUUUUCCACAACUUUUGCUUUUGUUUUGAAAGUUUAAUGAACUCUCAUCGAUCCACUGUUGCAUCUCGUAUUUUAAUUUUCGGUACAAACCUGUCGACUGCAGCGAGAAACAUAUCAACAAGAGUCAUUCUUUUUUAUAGUACGAUGAUAAACCAGAUCUUCUUUGUCAGUUUGAGUUAAAUUGUCGACCAACUUGCAUCACUGUAUUUCCUGGAAAAUCUAAAUCAAAAGACGUCGUUCAAGUUACACCCAAAAAUGAAACUGAAAUUGAGUCAAGAAAGAAGAUUAGGAGCAAGGGGAAAGCAGAACGAAAGCAGACUAAAACUGCAGGAUCAGGUUUGUUUUUAACUUUGUCUCGAUGUUUAUUCUUGUGUAAACCUUUGGCGGCAGAGUAAUGACUCUUCCCCCGGAGGGGACCGGAACUAGGAAGAAUAUGCAUCCAGUAACUGGGAAGAAUGUACAUCCAGUAACUCCAGAUGAAGGGGCUUCGCUCGAAACGUCAAAAUUAUCCUUACAUUUUUCAGAUAGUUGCAUCCCUAUACCAACAAAAGCUUGUUUACAUCAGCAAAAUGGUCUAUUGCUCUUUCACGUAGAUAUUGUGACCGUGUUCCACGUUUUAACGUCCCAUUAUUUCACAUCUUAGCACACUCAAAAGACAUGAAUAAAAUAGUAAAGUGAAAAAUAUCGAUAGAAUGAAACGCAAAAUUCCAAUAUCUAUUCCUAUUUAUUGUUUAUUACCACUGAACUAUAUAACAUGGAAGGCCGACUCGAGCUCAAAAAGUGAAGCCAAUCAUGGCGGAAAUCAUUCUCGUACCCAGAGCCCUUCUUACGCGCGGUGCGACGAGGGGCUCUGGCCAAACCAUAACCGGAUACCAUAAAAACAUGGUAAGAAAACAAUAUCCGGUGUUAGAACUAGCCAAUCAGAUGCCAGUUCAGAAUAUGGAUUUGGCCAGAGCCCCUCGUCGCACCGCGCGUAAGAAGGGCUCUGGGUACCAGAAUGGGCAGAAAUUGAAGGCAUUCUUGCGCAUUCUCGUACCCAGAGCCCUUCUUACGCGCGGUGCGACGAGGGGCUCUGGCCAAAUCCAUAUUCCGAACUGGCAUCUGAUUGGCUAGUUCUAACACCGGACAUUGUUUUCUUACCAUGUUUUUAUGGUAUCCGGUUAUGGAUUUGGCCAGAGCCCCUCGUCGCACCGCGCGUAAGAAGGGCUCUGGGUACGAGAAUGAUUCUUGCGCGUCAUUCUCAGUCCUCUUACGUGCGCGGCCAAACAUUUUUUUAUAUUUUUCUUUAUUUUCCGGAGUAAAAAUUCGGUGAAAAACAGACUAAAUUUGAAUGAAAAGUUGAAUUCUGAUGUUUUGUUUGAGUUCAGUUCUAAAUUUUAAUUAUUAUUUAUUUAAAAGAUGCGAUAUUUGAGUGGAAAGAAAAAAAAUAGCGCGGGAUUGUUGUUUUUGUAGAUGACAAAGAGUGACAAAACGAAACACAAAUGUCACUCAAUUUUUCAAAAUAUCUCUAUUGCCCCUACUGACAAGGGUUUCACACACAUAAAUAACUCAUUAAAAUAAACAGUUUAAGUUUAUAAGGCAAUCAUCAAAGUGAUUUUAUUAAAUAAAAAAUAAAAAAACAAAAUUUUCUUACAUGCAUGAAAUUAAAUUGGCUAAAAACUGCUUCGAAAACUGCAGUUAGGGAGUGGUCAUUAUUUAUGGGGAGGGGGGUUGGGAAAUGGGGAAAAUAAGGAUUGAAAACUUUUUUGACACCCCCUACUGAAGGCAAACUUUUUGUGCCUCCCCCCUCAUAAAAGUAGAAACUUUUCUGACCCCCCCCAGUGUGGAUUGAAAAAUUAACAGCAAUGAAACAGGUGUGCGUUGCAGGUAAAGUUAGAUAUUAGGACAAUCUGUUUAAUCUAGCUCAUGAUGUUUUACCCUGGUGAAUAUGAUUCAACCAUAUGAUUAAAAAUAUAUAUUAUGUGUUACUACUUUGCAAUGCAACAUUUGUCCUACCCUAACCCAUGACCCGUCUUCAUACAGCGAAAUGAUUUGAACACAGGUUUUUUUUAAGAACUUGUCUGGGGGGUGAGCAUCUACAAAAAGGACCAUACUAUAUUGAGUGUGGAGAGAUGACAGAUGGUUGUUGGUGACAAAAAGUUUGGUGUGGUAUCAUAUGUACUAGUAGGGGGGUCUGGGGGUAUUCUUCCCCAGAAAAUUUUUUGUAUUUUUCCACCCCUAGAACUGAAAUGUGAGCAUUUUCUGAAACAGAUUUUUGGAUAUACAGCGUUACAUUGUGCGUUGAUAGACCGAAUCUGAUCAGUUAAGUGUACUUGCAUGGUAUGUUUAUGUAAAUACCACAACUGGGUCACUCAGGGGGUAGAAAGCUUGUUAAACUUAGUGGGCCCGACUCCCACGAUCGCGAAGCGCUACCAUGGUUGGCGCCGAGCAGGGAAAUUUUGAAUAUUUUGAGUCUCUAGAUCGUUGGAAAUAGCAUUUUCAGAGUCUUCUUUUUUGCUAUUUGUGAUUAUAGAAAUCAGAACUCUAGACAUGGUAUUUAAGUUCAAAAACUUUUAUGACCCCCCCCCUUUCUCUGUGUUAAAACUUUUUUGAUCCCCCUAUUUAUAAGGGUAAAACUUUGUUCCCCCCCCCUCCCAUUUCCCAACCCCCCUCCCCAUAAAUAAUGACAACUCCCUUAAAAAGCAGUUUUAGGUCAGGAAAACGGACUAAAAUAAGAUAAUUAAUAGUGUGAAAACUGAAAAGCACCAUAGGCUAGCAACAAGAAAGCGAAACAACCAAAGCAAAAAUAAAUUCCCAAUUUAUAAGAAUACAAAUUUAUUAAAAAAAACCCAAAAAGUUUGAAAUUAGUUAUUGAAUUCGCAACGAAAAAUACAGAUUUACUCACACAUACAGUGGGAAAAUGCAGUGGACAGAUCGAUUAGAUGAAGGAAAUCCGCCAUCUUUAGCUUCACUUUUUGAUUACGUCACUGACUGAAGUCAGCCUUCCAUGUGUAUAGUGCACUGUUUAGUACUGUAUGUUGUCAUAUUUACAGCUGUUUCAAAAAAGGUUGUCCUUCAACAAUCUCAAACCUUAAACUCUAAGCGCGCAAGGUGUGGUGGGUAAUUUCUUACUUAAGGCCUAGAACGUGCGAAUUUUGCAUUGCAACUAUGGCAAGACAGAUACUAAGCACUUAAGAUGUAUAACUAGAAGUGUACUAGGAUUAGUUGCCCAAUCAAAGCCCUAAAUAGAAGUUACCGCAAUCACUCUUUGCGCCUUAGAGUUUAAAGUUUGAGAUUUUCGAAGGACAACCUUUUUGAAUUAGCUGUAUACCAUUCUAAAAAGACUAAUCUCUUAUUCUAGUUGAUUCAACGGAGCAAGGAAAAUUAAAGUCGAAGAAAAGGAAAAGACCAAAAAGUACAGAAUCGAAGUAA